CCCCGCAAUCAUGACUACUGAGUCUCCCCAAGCCAGCUUGCGCGUCGCAGCUACCCUUCAAGCCUUUUCUCUUCACCAGAUCCUUCUCGUGCACCUCAUCAUAUUCCAAGAAGCGCUAUUCGGCUGCCAUAUCUUCGGAAUAAGGACAUCAUGGUUGAAACGAACGACACGACCCGGUAUCCCGACAGCGCUCUUCGAAUACGAUCGAUCGAACUUUGGGCGCCCUGAUACAACACGACUUAGCCCAGAAAGUGAAUGUCGCGCGGUGAUAUUCAACCACUAUUGCGAGACAUUCUGCGUUAUGAUGAAGCCCUUCAUAACGCAGUACCUCUGUGAGCUUCUCGGCAUCGGCCACGCGGUUACGUGGAUCAGUUUUAUAGCCAAACCACGUUUCCGCUUACUUGAAAAUUGGGCAGAGAUGGAUAAACUGAUAUCCCACUCUUGUCUAUUAAUACCAGAUGGUAACGGUGGGAACCACGUAUUAGAUGGCACUCCCGAUCAAUAUGAACGAAACUGGAAGACACAUUGGUUUAUGGCAGCGAAGGAGCUUAUUGCAAACUUUAUGGAUACUGAGUACUCGGAUCCUGAGAGGCGUAUUUGGACGACGAACGAGAAAGGGGAGGUCGCUAUGUGCGAGUGGCUUGAGGGCACAGAUUGCAGUCACGGAGACUGGAUGAUCAGGGACUGGGUAGUCACGCGUAGGCGUAUGGAGCAGACAUUCCAGGAGCUGAAUUGGGAAUCUCUCCGUGGGCUGUCGGACGACGAUGUGGAAGAACGUAUCCGUCACCUGAGCAAGGCAAAGUUUCGGGGGGCAUUUGAGGAAGCGCAGUUAAAAUAG